CGAACCAAGAAAUAUUAUAAAUUAUUUGGAUAUCAUGGCUGAACAAAUAUCGCCUGUUCUCCUGUACAUUCUGAUGGCUGGAAUGCUCGUCACUGGUACUUUGAACACGGUCUUCUUAAAAUUCAUGAACCUCGCCUAUUACACCGAUAGAGAAGGAAAGAGUGACAAGCAAUUUAAUCAUGCUUUCUUCCAAACAUUCAUCAUGUUCAUUGGAGAGUUUUUGUGUCUGGGUGUUUACGGAAUAAUGUACUUGAGAGACAAGAAGAAAUAUGGUGAUGCUAGUCUUAACCCACAAGCUAUCGAAGCAAAGAAGAGAGGCCUUAAGACUAAUAUUAAUGUGUGCAUUUUGGCAAUUCCUGCUUGUUUUGAUAUUACAGCCUCAACUUUGAUGUUUAUGGGUCUAACUAUGAUUGCUGCUAGUAUCUACCAGAUGAUGAGAGGGCUUAUAGUCUUUGUUGCAGCUAUCUUCAGUAUUAUAUUCUUAGGAAGACGUUAUCACAGACAUCAUUGGACAGCUUUGGCUUUUGUCGUAGGUGGAGUCGCCAUUGUAGGAGCCAGUCCGGUUAUUUUCCCUAAUAGUGAUGAUGAUGACGAUGAUGAUGCUGGUAAGAUGGCUAUUGUUGGUAUUAUACUUGUAGUCGUAGCACAGCUUUUCGCAGGAGGUCUCAUGAUCUCAGAAGAAAAGUUGUUGGGAAGUUACUACUUACAUCCUCUUAAAGUUGUUGGUUGGGAAGGAUUCUGGGGAUGCACUAUAUAUUUAAUUCUCCUUCUCAUCUUCCAGUUUAUUACAUGCGGAGAUAAAACAAUCUGUCCUCAUGGAAGGCUUGAAGAUACUCCACAAGCUUUUUAUGAAAUGGGAAGUAACCCAGGAAUUCUCUUAUAUGGGAUUGGUUCAAUCUUAAGUAUUGCUUUCUUUAAUGCACUGGGAGUCUCUGUUACAAAGUUUGCUAGUGCUGCCCAGAGAUCAACCAUUGAUACUAGUAGAACAUUAUUGAUCUGGGGUGUUUUCUUGCUCAAGCCUGGAGAGGGCAGAGAGAAAUUCAUCUGGCUUGAACUUGUUGGCUUCGUCUUACUGGUGCUUGGAACCCUUGUAUUUAAUGAGAUUCUUGUGAUUCCAAUUUUAGGCUUCAAUAAAAAUACUAAAGAUGCUAUCGAAGCCAGAAAAGCCCUUGAAGACGACAGGGAAGAUAUUGAGGAUAGCUAUAAUGGCAAUAUGCCCACAAAGAAAGGUAAAGUUGCUGCUGAGAAAGAAAAGCUUUUGGACACAGACAGUGAGAAUUAG